AUGCCCGAGGCUCAGGCCAUCGACGUCGCGCCGCGACCAGUCACCGACGCCAAAGACGUGCGAGACGCCGCCGGUCGCCUGCCGCAAAGUCGCUCCAAAAACAACGGCCUCGCGGCGAGCGUCAACGAAAACGGCUGCUUCGAGUCUGACCGCGUCAUCAAGUGCGGCUACGUCGAGAGGCGAACGCAGAAGACGAGGAAAUGGAAGACAGUCUACAUUGUGCUCCGUCCAAACACCCUGUCCGUCUACAAGAACGAAAAGGAGACCAAGCUCCGCCACCAAGUCUACCUGUCGGACCUGACGGCCGUGGCCUUCCUCAAGGACCCCAAGCACAAGCGCCAGAAUGUCUUUGGCCUCUUCUCGCCUUCCAAGAACUUCCACUUCCAGGCACCCACGGCCCAAGAUGCCCAGGAGUGGGUCGACCUCAUUCGCAAAGAGGCCAGGAUCGACGACGACGACGACGACGAGUUUCUUGCUAGCCCCUUGGCUCGCAGUCUGUCGCCAAACGCAUUGGUGACCCUCGGGCCUGUUCGUCCCGGGCGCGAAUCCUCCGGCUACGAAGGAGACCACGUCAUGCUGUCGAGCUCGCCCGAACCCAAUGGGCCUCCUGGGCCAUUCUUCGCCGCUGCUGGUCGGCGCGAGUCCUUCAACAAUGUGGACUGGUCUGGCAAUGAGCUGCCCUCGCACUCGGACCUGUCCGACAACGAGGGCCCGCUGCCACUCGGCGCGUCGCUCGAAAGCCUCACAAUUCAACCGCCCCUCGAGGCGAGCUCGUUGCCCAGGGGUGGGACACUGGCCUCUCGUCCGCCGGUGAACCGCUCGCUCAGCCAAGCGAGCGUCCUCAACGACAAGAGCAAGAGCAACAAGAACGGCACCAACAGCAACGCGGACGCGGAUCCAGAGCGCGUCAUCUGGCACGGAUGGCUCUGGAUGCUCCGAAGCAAACGCGGCGUCCGGCAGUGGAAAAACAUGUGGGCAGUGCUGCGACCCCGGAAUCUCAUCCUCUACAAGGACGAGUCUGAGUACGCUGUCCAGUGGCUGGUGCAGCUCUCUGCUGUGGUCAACGUCGUCGACAUUGAUCCCCUCAGCAAGAGCAAACAAAACUGCCUGCAGAUCAUCACCGAGGAGAAGAGCUACCGCUUCUGCGCCCGCGACGAGGAAUCUCUGGUCCAAUUCAUCGGCGCUUUCAAAAGCCUGCUGGCCAAGCGUCGGGGGUUUGAAGUGCGCGGGCCGCCGCCUGCGCGAGCGACCCCAUUACGCCUCGACGACCAGGCGAGAGGACAGGGAAAGACGGAAUAG